UUAUAGGAAGUUUACAAUCUUAUGAAUCAUUUUCAUGGACAAUAGUUCCAUAGGUGUACAUUAUACAUCCUUGCGUGAUAAUUUGAUGAUGUCUCUUUUGGAAAGUCUACAAAACUCAACAUGUGCGUGGUUCGAAAUAGGCAACAAACGAAAUGUAAUAGUCUCUAUGUCCGCCGGAUCUUUGUUUUUUAUAGGAUGGUGGUUUAUCAUUGAUGCCCAUGCUAAGUAUCCUGAUGAAAUGGCAAAAGCAUAUCAUAUAUGUGGAAUAUUUGGAACUAUAUCAUUAUUCAUGAUAAAUUCUGUAACAAAUGCUCAAAUCAAAGGUGAUGUACCUAAUGGUGGUUAUCUUGGAACAAGAGGUGCAAAAAGUUGGUUAUUUAUUGGAUUUGUAAUAGGAUUUGCUGCAGUUAUUGCAGCUUGUUGGAUUUUAUUUGCAAACUUUGUAGCUGCAGGAGCUCAGCAUCAUUGGCCUGGUGUAGGACUUUUUCUACAAAAUAUAUUUAUCUUUCUGGGAUCCCUUACUUAUAAAUUUGGACGACUAGAAGAGAUAUAA